AUGGCUGAGCUCCUCCAUUCAUCCACUAUUCCUACUAUUCCCACUAUUCCUGCCAAAAUUCCUGCACUGUCGGAGCCGACAAAUGUAGAAGGCAGGUAUCGGUGGAUGCUGACUCCAACGGAACGCUCUCGUGUUGCAUUAAUGCUUCACUGCGACGUUUCUGAGAUUACCCUCGACUCGAUUGUAAUGAGACAGGAUCGUGAAGCUUGUAAUGGCUGUGGAAAAUACGUCGGCCUAGAUGACUUUGUGUACAAUGCAAAGAGAUUGGGUGUCCAUUCUCCAGCUUUUAUGAUUGAUGUUCUCAGAGAAUGUGGAGAGAGUAAUGGCAAUAUGAGGAAGACCGGUCAGUCCCACAUACUGGAAUGCUCAGAGUGUGGCUCCAUGUAUAAAAAACGCUACGCGUACGUUUAG